AUGGUGAAAAGAGAGGAAAAGCAGAAGCAGAAGAAGAAGAAAGAGGAGGAAGAGGGCGAGGGGCAGAAGGGAAAAGAGACUGUUUUGUUUUGUUGUGUUUUGUCUUGUUCAGUUUUUGCUGUUGCUGCAAUUGUGUGCAUAUUGUGCUUUCUUUUCUGUCUGUCUAUCUGUUUGGUUUGGUUUGGUUUGGUUUGGUUUGGCUGUUUCUAUGUUUGUUUGUUUGUCUUUCUUUCUCUCUCUUUGUAUUUUCUCCUUCCUCGUGUUUUAAUUUCUAUGUUUUUUCUAUUUUUUUUUUUAUAUAAGGAACAAUCGGGACAAAAAAUCGUCAUAAUACGUAGAUGCCAAAAUAUGCCUCCUUUUGAUGUACUCUUAAAUAAUUUACAUCGACGUCCUGUUGUUUGGUUGUUUGUUUGUUCAUUUUUCCUUUUUCCUUCUUUUUCUGUUUUUCUGUUUUUCUUUUUUUUUUUUUUUUUUUUUUUUGGUAUCUAA